CUGACUGCAGGAAUGUUCAACACAGCUGUUGCCAGAUGACUGAUUGUUAAUUUCUCUACCAUAAACUGCCUCCAAUGUAAUUUUAGCGAAUUUGGCAGAACAUCCAACCAGCUUCACAACCGUAGACUACAUGUAAACCACGGCAGCCCAGGGUCCGGAUUCACGAAACUUUAUUUACGAAAAACGCAAGAAGUUUCUUAAGGAAAAAAAAUAGGAAGUUCAUAAGAUAGUUCGUAAAUGCAAUUCCUUAAUGUUCUUAGGAAUUCGUAGUUCUCUUAAGCAUUGACAUUAGUGACGUGCUUGAAACCAAUACAAAAAAAGCCUAUGUGACAGGGAUGAUCGGCUUUGGUUAUUUCAUUAUUUUUCACACAUUAUAGCCAUCAGACUAGCUAUAUCAAAAAUGGAUAACCAGGAAAAGAGAUUGAAGGAGAUGGAGGAAAUAGCAGCCAGGAAAAUGUUGCUGUUGGGGAGAAUUGAUAACUGCGGGCGUCACUGAAGAGACCAAAAAGAAAGGAUGGGCGAGUGGCGGAGUCUGUCUCUGCCGUCGGGGGUAUGGCAAGGGACAGUGACGCCGUAAAAAAGAAGUGGUCCGACAUCAAGUAGGCUGCUAAGAAGAAGGGUGCUGAGAGACCAUUCAUGUGGACAGCUGGAGGAGAAGGCGCUGUCCAUCAUAAAGAUGGUGGUAGAGGGACAGUACGACCGUCCUUCAGAGACUGGUGCUUCAUUUGGGAAUUCUGAAGAGAUAAUAUUGAGGAAUUGGUUGACUUCACCUGUUUUCCCUCCUGCCUAGAGGGAAGAUGAGUCAACGUGAGCAGCAGGAUAAAGUCCCAGCGUACCUCAAAGAUGAGCCUCCAGCAGACAGCAACAAGGAUCACCCAGCGCCCCAGCCAGGCAUGUUCUCCAGAGUGACCGGCGGCCUCUUCAGUGUCACUAAAGGUGCCGUGGGAGCCACUGUGGGUGGGGUUGCCUGGAUAGGAGGGAAGAGCUUCGACUUGACCAAGACCGCUGUCACCUCGGUGGCCGCUGUACCCGGCAUCGGGGUGGGGCUGGUGAAGGGAGGGGUGUGUGCUGUAGCAGGAGGCGUUUCUGCAGUAGGCUCAGCAGUAGCCAGUAAAGUUCCUAUUGGAGGGGGCAAGAAAAAGGACAAGUCUGAUUGAGGAGUGGCGGAAGACGGUGCAUUUUGGGUAUCGUGCAUGUCGUGUCUGAUCCGCCUACACUCUGGAGGGCUACGGAGCAAUCCAACAAUGUCGUGUGUAUUCACUUUUCAUGGAGGGCUCGACACUUUGAUUCGCGAGUGUCUAAGGACCACUCCCAUAUUAUAUGGCCUGGCCACUGAGGGUGAGAUUAAAUAAGGGGUUUUCUGUUCAGCAGUGCAGGGGCCACCCCACCCAUCUUUGUCUAAUAUAAACCAGUGCCUCAAACUGAAAUAUGAAAUGAAUGUUGUAUUUACUGUAGAUAGAAGCCAACCAAGAAAACAUGAAGCCUAUUUUAUUGCGUAAUAUUUGUUCCAUCUCUCGGCCACCGUUGAAGAAACAUGCCGUGAACAUAUACCAUGUUUAGGCGCUGUUCAUGUUCAUUGCUGUGUUUGUUGAAAACUUGACCGUCACCUGGCAGUCAGACAAUCCGUGAUCAAUGACUAGCCCGGCACCUCUGACAUAAAAUAAAGAGGAUCUCAUGGGGGGUUUACCACCGUGAUCCCUUGGCUGUGGCGGGGUUCAGAUUGAAGAAGCCAGCACCGCGCUGUUCCAACAACCGAGGCAGCGCCUUGUUGCAAAAAGCGUCGGUAAUGGCGGGGAGUUGACGGCUCCACUCCAUCUCUCUGAUUGAUUCUGUUUCUGAGAUUACUGACUCUGCUUCUGGGGCCCAGCAGCCCAGCUUUGGUGCCCUCUCCCACAACAACACUCAUCACUCUCCCUCUGCUCCCUGAGAAUUACUGUGGCACUCUGGGAUUUUAAUGCUGCCUGCCAGGGCUAUGGGGGACUAAACACUCUGCUCAGGAAGUCAAUGUUCCUGGCUAUAUGUUUAUGCUUGUGGAAAUUGUUUUCAUUUUCCCCUUCUGCUGUUAAGUAUAUGAUUUGAAUCUCAAACUCCCCGUUCCUGAUGUGAUGGGGAUUUUUUUUCAUCCACCAGGGAAAUUCUCUAAAGGGGACAUGUUCCAUUAAAAGGUUUCUUCUGAGAGUUCUCUCUGGUGUGAGUAAUGUACUCAUGUUUUUCAAUGACAGUAGUUUUAGGAUGCGUUUACCCUUCAAAGGUAUGGAAUUCAUGUUUUCACUGAUGAUGCGCUGAAUCACAGAGCUCUGUCACUGCCCUUUCAGUUGCUUUCUUUCGUUCUUUCACUAUUGUACACACAGUGUAUGUGGACUACAAUCUGGUAGGAUCAAGGUGCCUUAUUCCAACACGAUAGCCUGAACUACAGUAACAUAUUCCUUUUUGAUCCUACUAGAUUGUAGUCCACAUACACUGCGUGUACAAUACAUUAAGGACACCUGCUCUUUCCUUGACAUAGCUUUCACCUGGUCAGGCUAUAAUCCCUUAUUGAUGUCACCUGUUAAAUCCACUUCAAUCAAUGUAGAGGAAGGGGAGGAGACUGGUUAAAGUGUUUUUUUUAAGCCUUGAGACAAUUGAGACUUGGAUAGUGUAUGUGUGCCACUGAGAGGGUGAAUGGGCAAGACCUGUUUUAAGUGCCUUUGAACAGGGUAUGGUAGUAGGUGCAAGGUGUACCGGUUUGUCAAGAAAUGCAAAGGACACCCAGCCAACUUGACUUGUGGGAAGCAUUAGAGUCAACAUGGGCCUGCAUCCCUGUAGAGCACUUUCGACACCUUGUAGUGUCAUGCCCCUACAAGGUUGUUUUUAGGGCAAAGGGGGGUGCGCAACUCAAUAUUAGGAAGUUGUCCUUUUUUUGUCUACACAGUGUAUUGUACUACUGGCAAAAAAAAUAACUAGGCUAUUUUAGUAUUAUACAUUUUUGAAUACAUUUAAGGCGUUGCCUAAUGUUAUAGCUAUUAGAAAUACAAUGUAUUCACAUUUUUAAUAUAGUGCUCUAUCAAAGGAUUUCACUAUUAAUCAGUGGAUUCUUUAAAGGUGGAGUGCACUGUGCCACAAAACAUUGGUGUGUAGGCUACACCUUUAACAUUACAUGGAUAUUUAUUUUGUUCAGGAUUUGUCUCCUUCAUAAAUCGCCUUUCCAGUUUUCACCUCAAUAUUUCAUGAACCUUUCAUUCAUUCCACGCGUUGACUGUUGGAUACAGGAGUUAAGGCUGAGGGAUUUCAGACUGAUCCUUCCACAAUUUAAGGGGUUUCCUCUUGCGUUUCCUGUCAAUGUGCUGAAGGUGGAAUUGAACUUGUAUUUCAAUAUCAUUUUAUAAUAAAUAAAUCAGCCUUUUUCAUCAGA